AUGGAACGUGCGGAAUAUGCUAAAUUCGGCCGAGGCCAGACUUCCCUCCCUCAGUCUCGAAUCACCUACCCUCCGCCCCCUCCGCCCUCCCCCACCGUUCCCAAUGAGUCCCGCAAACCCGCUUACAAGGCUAUUGGUUUCUUCCCUACGACGGACCAACCGAGGCCCCCACCUCCGAUCCGCCACCCAUUUGCUGCGGCAGAGAUAUCCCAGCCUCGCCCUAUCCCAGCCAGAUCUAGGGGAACAGUAAGCAAGCUCGAGUCUCGCUCACGUGCCAAUAGCAAGUCGGACGAUGUGCGCAGUCGCUCGCGUAGUCGGUCUGUCGAUACCAAGCGGAAAUCGCAGCGCUCAUAUGUUGCCCUUGAUCAAAAGGGCGGUGUUGGGGCAUGUCCGGCACCAGAUAGCGACCGGGAACACAUGUCCAUUCAUUCCGAUCACACAUUUGGAGCCCCUUCAACGCACACUCUCGGUCAUUCGAUUCCAUGGUCAGAUGACUCGAACACCAUAUCCACUGGCGGAAAACGCUCGGACCCCCCAGCAGUCGUCUUUGCAGAUCACCCCUUCAGGAUGCAUACAGGCUCACCUCCGCCUCGAAGUCAUACUGCAUCAGCAUCACUGGCUACCACCACUCCCUGGGUUCGCACUAUUACCGCGAGCCCAGCUCCACCUGACCCUCCCCCGAUGCGUAAGCGCACACUGACGUACCAGCCUGGCCUUGUCACUGCCUUUGGAUCCGCACCUGAAACUCGUGUAGGCUACCGCGAGAGCGGCGCAUUUGUGGGCCUUGAUGAUCGCGAGCGAGAGAAGAUACGCCCAACCCUUCUACCCCCUUCCCUCAGCCUGCUCGGGAAAGACUCGACUGAUGGUCAUGAAGGUCCUGCUCCUGAUGAACAUGGGCAGAUCCAGAAGGCUCCGGUCAAGGAUCGAGAACUCUAUCCUGGCUUGAGGCAACAAUACGAUCUGCGUUCGCAUCCCUAUGCACUUCAGAACGCUCCUGCCCGCGAGAUUCGAUUCGGUUCUGCUUCGACCGCUUCUACUGCUACUACCGGAGCCUCAAGCAAACCACCCGUCCCACCUCGUCCCAGCGGAAUGAAACUUAAAUCCUCGCUCAAAGCAAGCAUGUCCACACCUGAACUUCGCAUUCGUAUUCCCUCGACCGUCACCCCCUCUGGACUCUCCACAGGCCAAACGCCCUCUACGGAGCAUCCACAGUCGAGCGUUGGACUCGGUGCGAGACCGCGCCAUGUGAUUAGCUCGGCCGCGGGCCACUCGGUUGCAACCAACACAACGCUCGAAGCUCGUUCGAUUUGCGACGCCCUUAUCUUUGCCCGCCCGCGUUUCCGGGUCGCCUCGCAUGAAAUCACACCACCACCGUCGACGACGGCUCACGACGAGGAAGCGGCCAAACGCGCAUCCAUACGCGUCGGCGAAGGCGGACUCAAAGGCUUGGUCUGUUUUCCACGGAAAACAUCGCGCGAUUUCCAUAAAGACAAGGGAAAGGGUAAAGAGAAGGAGAAGGAAAAGGUGCAACCAUCCGAACCCCGCGAAUUUCAGACGGUCGAACAAGUGUUGAGAGAAGGCGCUCAACUCGAGAAGGAGCGGGAAGAAUGGAACGCGAUCGGCCAGGGAAGUCUACUCAACAGCCAUGCGCGGAGUCUGUCUCGCGCCCAGUCCAAGAUUGGCAACGGCGGCCAUCGAAACGCGAAGCGCAGGGAGACUGUGUCCGGGUCCGACACUGGCGCUGGGACCAAGGUGUGGGGCACGAUCAAGAUCAAGCGGAGCGUCGAGAUGCUUGCCGCGAGCGCGCUUUCCAGGGGCCGGCUCCUUCGGUGUCGUCGUCUUCGCGACGGCCGGGUGGCAUGGACGCAGGCUUCGGUGUCGACGGCUUCGCAUGCUCGACAUGCGUCUGGGUCCGUCGCGAGUCGGGGGCACAGCCGGAAUGGGUCGUGGGGCCAACGCGUUGUAUGUGGCUCUCGUUCGGGGAGCUCCAUGGGCGGCGAGACGGCGGGUACAGGUAUAGGUCCAAGUGCAGGUACAGGAACAGGUCAGCAUAUAGGCCAUUCGAGUGAGGGCUUGUUACCCAAGCGUGCGACGGUGGAUAAUUACCCCAUUGUAGAUAUUCGACCGGUUCCCGCCGGAAACACGAAUCGCGCACGAGCGCCCCCCGCACAAGGCUCAGUCGGGUUCAGCUUUGGCACGUCGGGUACAAGGCAGGGUGCCCAUUCGUCUCCGUCCAAGAAGCAGAAGCAGCCUUUGCCCUCGCCUGGGACGACAGACCCCGAGUCGGUGAUUGGACUCGCAUUGUCGUCGCCGAGCGGGGCUACGACGCCGCUCAUGCUCCCCAAUCAUCCGUUUGCGCAACGGGCGGGUGCAUAUCCGACUGAUCCCGCCCCCGGACCGCCACCGGGCCCGGAAACGAUCGCAACGCGCCACAGGCACCCACCACGAAGCUCAGGAAGCACCGAACGCGCACGGCUGGACGACGUGCCCAAGAUGGAUAUGCACCCGUUUGUCGCCCGCAUGAGCACCCAUUCGGGCGAAGUUCAGCGCAUGUUUGAGAGCGCGAUGCUCAAGUCUGCGGGCGGCCAGGGUGAACUCGCGUUCAAUACAAAGCGAGGGAGCGGCGAUUCAGGACUGGGAUCUUCGGUUCAUGAACAUGCUGGUCCUUCGUCCGUGCCGCUUAGGGGAUCGGCGUUUGGUCCCCCUGCGGGGCUUGAAACUGCUCGAACGCUCUCCUGCUCCCUCUGUUCCGACUCCGGCUCCCGUUCCUUCUCCGUAUACGCUGAUGGAGAGUUUGUCCCCUGCCUCGAGGGCGAUCACCCGUAUGUCGAGCGGGAUGCUCGACCCGUCAUUGAUGUCACCUCAAUCCCGCUCUCACUCUCACUCGCACGAAAGUUCGUCUCGUCCUUUUCGAGCCCCCGCCCACUCAAUAGCCUCGACGAUAUCGAGUCGCUCCGAGAUAUCUUCUACCGCCCAAGCCCGGACCGCGUUGCCUCGUUAGUGCCCAAUAGCCAAGAUGGCUCGCCCGCGAACGAGCCUGUGCUCAUCGAAGAGGACGAGGAAGAGGCUGAAGCAAACGACUGGACAUUUGGCCGUCGUCCGUUUGAACUUGGCUCGGAAUCACAUUUAAUUUGGCGCCGCCAGCGCGAAGAUAACCAAGUUGGACCGUUGAGGAUUAAUCUCGCACCUGGGACGCCCUCGCCUCCGCCUCCUGGGACUGUUCCCGAGAGCGUGCAUGAUUCCGAUAGCCGCUCUGAGCGAUCUGUGAGGACUACUUCCAGUCAACAAGCGACGAAUGAAAACGUCACCUUUGGAGUUGUUCCGUCUGCCCGGAUCGAUAGUCUCAGCGUCAACGUCGUGAGCCCCAGACAAUCGGCCGCCCUCUCGCUCAUCGACAUGUACGACUAUGAAGCCUCGUUCUCGUCCAGUUCCCCCAACACCCCCCAAACCUACCAAAUCCAUCCUUCUCCAUACGCUCUCUCCGAUACCUUGCCCUCUCGCGAAAGCUACUAUACUUCCUCCUCACCCGGCCUCCGCCCUGGUGUAACCACUUACUUCCUGGCUUCCCCGACCCGCCCAUGGACACUGCUACUUCCACCCCCAUGUCCUCUUCUGUGCUUUCGUCUUAUUUUACCGUAG